AUGGACAGAAAAGAAAAAACAGAACUAUACUUAAUAAUAGGCGAUCCUGGUAUGGGAAAAACCACCUUUGCAACAAAAUUAAACAACGAUUACUUUAUAAAAACAAGCAAUAUGGAAAAAUGGUGGGACGGCUACCAACAACAAGAAUUAGUCAUAAUCGACUUCUACGGUUGGAUAUCUCCAAACGAAAUUAUGAAUCUGGCCGAUUCAAAACCAUACCAGGUUCAAACAAAAGGAGGCUUCCAAAAGUUCACCAGCAAAGCCAUAGUAAUAACAAGCAACAAAUAUCUCGAAAACUCGUGGCGACCCGAACAUCGAAAUUCGACAUGCGAGCAUUCGACCGAAGAGUCACCCUAA